AUGAGCGUCGUACGCCUCUUUCGUCAACCGUCCUCACCCCAAGCCGGGGAACCCAGACUACUUCGCGUUACUUUGAAGGAUGAGAAAGACGUUGAGAACGUUCUCCUUUCUAGUCACCUUCUUGGCAACGUUUCGAGUCGUAUAAGAAUACUUCCUGAUCGACCGUGGACCGGACGUAUGCACUAUCGCACGAACCCAGUAGAUGCACGCGAGUCGGAAAAUAAACGAGUUAUAUUGAUUCACGGAGUCCAGAAAUUAAACGAUCCAGACGAAUCCACAUAUCAAUAA